CAUGAGCCUGCAGGCACCCCCCUCUCACUCCUAUGCUCAUCCCUACUCUCAUCCCUACGCACGCACACUGGCCCAUCCUCCUCCGGAUCAACAUCGCAUCCACAGCCCUUCUUCUUCCUGCUCUCGCUCCUGCUCCUGCUCCUCUUUUCUUUUCCCCCUUUCAUCUUUGUUGCCAAUAUCGACACUCCAGCUUUCUUGCCCUCCGUAGUAGUUCCUAAUAUUGUUCCUGAUCUCCACCACUAGCAUCAACUGGUCGUAUCUUCCAUUCGUGCUCCGUCCGGCGUCCUUUUUCUUUUCCCUUUCUUGUAACCCAACCCCCACGAACCCAUCAACCGACCCAUUCUCGCUUUCUCGCACUCUGCUGUGCUUUCACUCCUUCACUCCUUCACUCCUUCACUCCUUCACUCCUUCACUCCUUCA